UUCUACUUAUUAGACCAACAAAAAAUACACACAAACACAUAAAUACCCUAUAGGGUCAUGAUGAUGAAGAACAAAAGGAUAAGCAAAAGGGACAAAAAAGAUAUCAAAGUUACAUAUAUUUCAAGUCCAGUGAAGGUGAAGACUAAUGCUUCAAAUUUUAGAGCACUUGUGCAAGAGUUAACUGGUCAAGAUUCUAACGUUGCUGAAAUUACUACUAUGCCCCUGGAAGAAAAAGAUUGUGUUGAUGAAAGAGUGAUGAACAAGGGUGCUUCAACUCAUCAACAAUGGAAGGUUGAUGAUCAUUUGUCUCAUCAAGACACCUUUUUGAAGGCUGAUUAUAGUGAGUUUCUUUCAAGACAAUCCUUUGUGGAGCCAUUAAGUGAACAUCUUCCAUAUGAUUUGUUGAGCUUUAAUAUGUCCUAGGCUUUUACUAUAAUUUUAGCAUUUUAAUUUUUAUAUUUUUUUGGGGGGGUUAAAAUCAUAGUACUUCUAUUAUUCUAUAUAUUAUAUAUAUUUGCUUUAUCUAUGUUUUUAGUAGUUGUUACCUAACUCACUAUUAAUCAUUGAAAUAUAGCACUACUUAGAUUUUAUUUAUU